AGCACGCAGAAAGCCCUGGCUUCCAUGCCCAGUUCCCUUACCCUGUAAACAAGGUGGGCGAGUGCUCAGGAAGUCCAAGGCGACCCUUGGCUACUUAGGAGCUGGAGAAUACCUGGACACACCCGGAGAAGGAAGGACAGUGAUGUGACACCUGUAAAGCCAGCAGUGUUGGUAAUGGCUGGAGCUGACGCAUCUUCUUAGUGUCCUUUCUGAUGGUAUUUGCUCGAAAUUGAAGAGGCAAGCUGAGCAUGCCCAGGAGCUUCCUGUCUUUCCGCUUUAAUCUUUGACUUCCAGCUAGGCCCACCCCGCCCCAAACAUUUCUAUCCUUUCUUUCUUUUUCUUUCCUUUUUUUUUUUUUUUUUUUUUUUUUUUUUUUUGAGACAGGGUUUCUCUGUGUAGCCCUGGCUGUCCUGGAUCUCACUCUGUAGCCCAGGCUGGCCUUGAACUCAGAGAUCCGCCUGCCUUGUCCUCCCGAGUGCUGGGAUUAAAGGCGAGCGCCACCACCGCCCGGCUCUAUCUUUUCUUUUUAAACUAUCAUCUUCAACUGAACAUGUGCAGGGCUGAAGAGAGGACUCAGCAGGUAAAGGCGCUUGCCACCAAGCCUGACGACCUGAGUUUGAUCCCCAGGACGUGGUGGAAGUAGAGACCGCCUGUUGCACGUUGUCCUCUCUCCUCCAGAAGUGCACUGUGGCAUGUGGGACCUGCUACCGUAAUAAAUGCUUAAAAAACAACUAAACAUGCUCAGAGUGGGCUCCUGAGUAAGUCCCCCCGGGUCCUUAGGACUUUGCCUUGGGAAUGGCUCCUGCGUUCUCCCUCCCUGCAGCAGUUUUGUCCAACCAUCUGCAUCUUCUCUGUCCUUAUUUGUCUUUGAAGACACCCAGGAUUCACAACCUGGGGCAGCAGGAGGGUCAGGGUCAACCUUGGCUACAUAUUAAUUCUGAGGACAGCCUGGGCUACAAGAGACCCUUUCUUAAAAACAACAGCAACAAAGGGUUCUUUGAGUUGUGCAGGAGCAUGUCCGAGCCCAGAGCAAGACUGCAGCUGCCUGGGUGACACACUCACCUUGGAAAAGUUUAUCUGGAUUUUGAUGGUUAAGGGGGUGCUGGAAAACUGAGUUUCCAGAUGUACUCUGGGUGAUGAGAGGGGACAGAAAAGGGAGGAGCCUACAGCAUUUAUUUUGGUUUUUACCAAAAUUCUUGCCUAGAAAUGAAUAAGCAUAUCCCUUCAUUACCGGAGUUUAUUGCUUUACUGUGCUGCAGGAGAUGGAAGCCAGCCCCUGACCACGCCCCCAGCCCCUCACUGGGGGAUUCUAGGCGGGGCUCCACCCUGACCACGCCCCCAGCCCCUCACUGGGGGAUUCUAGGUGGGGGCUCCACCCCUGAGCCACGCUCCCAGCCCCCACUGGGGGAUUCUAGGCAGGGGCUCCACUCCUGGCCACACCAUAACCCCUCUCAUUUUUUGUCGUAUAUCCCAGGGUGUUGUGGAACUUGCGUGAUCCCCCUGCCUCAGUGCUCACAGGCUUUCUGUUUUGUUAACACCUCACAAGCAGCUUGGCUCUGUGGAAGGUCCAUGAGACCUCCCUGUCACCUCAAACCAAUGCUGGUCCUGUAGAGGUCAACCUACAGGAGGAUUAGCGGCUAAUCUGGCUUCUGAGGUCCCUAUCUAUUCCUGGGGCUAGGGGAACCCAGUAAGCAGGCUCCGGGCCACAGCAGAUCCCUCUCCUGGGCCCCCAGCCCCUCACACACUACUGCCAUGGCAUCCCUCUUCUCUGGCCGCAUCUUGAUCAGGAACAACAGUGACCAGGAUGAGGUGGAGACCGAGGCCGAGUUGAGCCGCCGGCUGGAGAAUCGCCUUGUGCUGUUGUUCUUCGGCGCCGGGGCCUGUCCCCAGUGCCAGGCCUUUGCCCCGGUCCUCAAAGACUUCUUCGUUCGACUCACUGAUGAGUUCUACGUGCUGCGGGCAGCACAACUGGCCCUGAUCUACGUGUCCCAGGACCCCACGGAGGAGCAACAAGACCUGUUCCUCAGGGACAUGCCUGAAAAGUGGCUGUUCCUGCCUUUCCAUGAUGACCUGAGGAGGGACCUCGGGCGCCAGUUCUCCGUGCGUCGUCUGCCGGCCGUCGUGGUGCUCAAGCCGGGUGGGGACGUGCUGACGAGCGACGCGACGGACGAGAUCCAGCGCCUGGGACCCGCCUGCUUCACCAACUGGCAGGAGGCGGCGGAGCUGCUGGACCGCAGCUUCCUGCAGCCCGAGGACCUGGAUGAGCCCGCAAGGCGCAGCAUCACCGAGCCUCUGCGCCGCCGCAAGUACCGCGUGGACCGGGAUGCGGGCCGGGGCCGGGGCCGGAGCCGCCACGACUCUGGUGACCCAGGGGAUGCAGGUGCAAGGGCAGAGCUCUGGUGGCCCCCAGGGGGACCCGGCUGCAGGGGCGGGGCUCUGGUGACCCCCAUGGGUACCUGGGUGUAGGGGCGCGCUAGAGGCGGGGCUAUGGUAACCCCCGGAAGACCCCGGCUGCAGGGGCGGGGCUCCGAUUAGCCUUCUCCUCCCGCAUGCUCAGGACGUUCCCUAGACAGCGGUGCAGGCCGGCCUUGAACUCACCAUUCUUCUGCCUCAGCCUAAGGAGCAGCUGGAACGGCAGCCAAAGACAGACAAGUUUCCUCUUCCAGGUCACCCCUAGUCCUCGAAAGAACGUAGGGAUCCCCACGAACAGGUCCCGGGCACGGUACCCGGGACUUAGUGCAUGCUAAGCAAGCUUUCUAACCAUAGAACCCCAGCCUCAAAUACCUUGUUCAAAACAAACAAAACCCACUCCUGCAGCCGGGCUUUGUGGUGCAGGCCUGUCGUUCAGCGCUCUGGACGCAGGUGCAGGGCCGGUGCGGAAUGGCACUUGCUGUGAAGACUGACAACCCGAGUCCAGUCCCCAGAACCCACAUGGUGGAAGGGAGGACGGUCUCCCGCAAGUUGCUGACCUCCACACGCUCGUGGUGGCACGUGCAUGCCCACACACUUACAGAACAAAAAUACUAUGUUAAGUCUUGUGCAAAACAACAACACAUAAAAAAGAAAACAGAGGCGUGCAGAAGAAGGAUCCGGAGCUCAAGGCCGUUUUUUGGUUAUGUAGAGGGCUCUAGGUCGGCCUGGGCUACGUGAUACCAAGCCGGGUCUAGCGCCGCUCCUCGGGACAGGCACCUGCCUCUGUAGAAGCGCAUGGGACCUGCAAGCCGAGGGUUUAGCUUUGCCUACCGCGCCCUCUGGCGGCCCGAGGGGGAUGGUGCGUGCAAAUGAGACGUCCAGCGCGUCCACGGGGCUGACGAGCCUGGCUUUCUGGGGCAAGAAUCUGACAAGAUAAAGGAAGAAGGAGGAGUCGUGACCCCGCAAGCAGUUCAUCCGCCUCUGUCCCCAACUUGGAAUAGUGGGGGAAACUGAGGCUCAAGACUGAAUAAGGAUGCCUGCUGGCCACCAAGCCUGACUGCCCGAAUUCGAUCGUGGGUACCCACGUGGGGCAAGGAAAGAGCCUACUCUUACAAGUUGUCCUUAAAUUACUAUGAUUAUGAUUUUGUUUUUCAAGACAGGGUUUCUCUGUGUAGCCCUGGCUGUCCUGGAACUCACCAGGCUAGCCUCGAAUUCUAGUGCUAGGAUUAAAGGCAUGCACUGUCACCACCUGGCUGGAAUGCUAAAAUACUAAUUAAAAAAGAAAAUUAGGGGCUGGAGAGAUGGCUCAGAGGUUAAGAUCACUGGCUGCUUGCUCUUCCUGAGUCCUGAGUUCAAUUCCCAGCACCCACAUGGUGGUUCACAACCAUCUAUAGAGAGAUCUGGUGCCCUCUUCUGGCAUGCAGGCAUACAUACACUAUAUACAUAAUAAAUAAAUAAAUCUUAAAAAAGAAAGAAAAUUAGAAACCUUCAUUUACCCUUUAUGGGAAUAUGAAAAUUGUACAGUUGCCAUGGGAACCUGUUUUGUAGUUACAGGAAGAGUAAAAUGGAGUUAGCAUACGAAUCAGCAAUUCAACUCCUAGAACUCACUACUGGAGGCAGGGGCCCCCAUACUUGCAAAUGCCUGUUCGGAACAUUGUGAUUGACACUUGCCAAAAGUUAGAGGCACCCCAAAUGUCCAUCAACAGAACAACUCAUGUGGGGUGUCCAGAGUGGAGUAUUGCUCAGCCACAAACAGGAAUAAGGCACCGGAACAGGUUACAACACUGGUAUGGAGUGACCACAGCCAGACCCAAAAGGCUUCUUCUGGCAGGAGAUGUCCCAAACAGGGAAAACCACGAGGGGGGCUGAGCAGGCAGGGGCUGCCUGCUCACUGAGGAGAGUGGGGACUGAUUGAUGGGAAGGGCUCUCAUCAGUCUUGUCAGAUUCUUGCCCCAGAGAUGGAAUGUUCCCGAACUAGGCAGAGGUGGGUUGCAUUGUAAAUGUGCUAUAAAUCACUGAAUAAAAACAUUGCUACCUGUA